AUGACCACCGACGUCGUUACUAAGAAAGCUGUGAGAUGGCACAAAUUGCCAUUCACCCAAUUUUUGGUGCACGAGUCUAAGCGCGCUCACUUCCAGCCGUUUCUCAUUGCCGGAGUCGCUGCAUGGGUGAUUUGUGGCAUCCUUCCAACUCGUGGUGCCACCCAAGAAGAUAAGGAGAAGAGCAACUACUGGAAGCGUGUUAAUGGCAAGUUCGAUUACAGUCACCAUUAA